CUUCACUUUCGUUUGCUCAAGUCGUUGGCCAGUUCCCGCUUGUCUAAUGUCAAGAUAGCUAACACCCAGUUUCGAUUACAGACAAGCGUCAGACGCCCUCGAACUACAUCCCCCUCGGAGUGUUGUUCUGUAAAUAGGAUCGAUACAAGACCUGUCCGACAAUACACUACACAGAGAGAGAUACAACAUCUGAGACAAAAUCCACAGACACUGGCUGCGGCAUGCAGCAACACUGCCGCCACAAUGGAUUGGACCUUAUUGCACCAGAAAGGACGCCUAGCAUGUCCCAAGCAACCGCUUCCCGAAAGACGUUACUGGAUCGGCGUGUUAAGGCAUACGCAUUCUCCCGAACAGGAAUUACGGGAGAGCGACUUUCUCUGGAUACUAGGUCAUUCUAAAAUUACCAUCGCCCAAACUGCUGCGCAAUACUCCCUGAAAAACCCUGGUGUGGACUUUGAGCUUAAGGCGCGUGAGGUGUUGACGCCUUCUACCAAAAUGAAAGAGCUAAAUGAAUUCAAUGACAACUUAGUCAUUCUUCAAGCCGUCGAAAGGUCCACACGGGUACCGUUGCAGCCCAUCAUCAAUCGUCAGCUGCCGUCACAGGCAGUUCAAGAUAGUUCGGCGACUUCAACAGCAGCCAAGCAACCGUCUCUCACCUUGUUGAACACGCCACAGAAGAGAUCAGGGUCCAUUGUGCGGAUGACAGCUGCAAUGGCUACACCAACCUAUAAGACUGCGCCAUUCUCGCCUCUUCGAACCUCUGCCGUACAUCCGUCCUCCACGAACGACCAUCCGAGCUUACCACACACCUCGAUGCUGUCACCGUCGGUGAACUCUCUCGCUGCCUCCAUUGCUUCUACCUCUCCGGUAACUGCGCCGUUCAGCGGAUAUGAUGUAAUGCCUCCCAUGACGUCCCCGCUGGGAAGCGCACCCCGCCCCGAUAUCAUGAAUGAGCACAGACUCUCUCCUCUCCCAAUGCCGUCUCAUCCCACGGCCGAACCUGAAGAAGACCCGCUGGUUUCAGCUCCAACCAUGGACCCUGAUUCCCAACCGGCUGAUUCUCAACCGGCCUUCGAUCCGUCGGAUGUGUUUGCUGAAGAUUCUGAAUCACAAAUGCGUACGGGCAUCGAAGAAAGACCGGCAUUUGACUGCAUUCGGACACUUAUCGAAGAACAGAAUCCAGAGCUACUUGAGACAGGCGUAACUCAUGCCAGGAAAGUGCUGGACGCUCUUAAAGACACAUUCUCAAAGCAUGGAAAUAAUGAAGAAGCGAGAACCUGGAUGAACGCCAUUGAUAAACUCAGAUCGCAGGCUGAGCGAAAGAAAACGGUAGUCGGCGUGGUAGGAAACACCGGAGCUGGAAAGAGCAGCGUCAUCAAUGCUAUGCUUGAUGAAGAGCGCCUGGUCCCGACAAAUUGCAUGCGUGCAUGCACCGCUGUUGUAACAGAGCUUUCAUGGAAUAACAGCAACGAUCCCACCGAGAAAUAUCGUGCGGAAAUCGAAUUUAUCAACCAUGCUGAUUGGGAAAAGGAACUCAGUGUUCUGCUCAAAGAGUUCCUCAACGAAGAAGGCAAAGUCCUCAGAGAAAUUAGCGAUCAGAACUCUGAGGCGGGAGUCGCCUGGGCGAAGUUUCAUGCAGUAUACCCGAGAAUAACACAGAAUAUGCUGGCAGACUACACAGUGGAGAAGCUCAUGGCCGAUCGAUCGGUGCAGAAAGUUUUAGGUACCACCAAAAGAAUCAGAGAAUCCGACCCGAAGCCGUUUUAUAGCGAACUGCAGCGUUAUGUUGACAGUAAAGAGAAGGCCACAGGAAAAGGCAGUAGAGAAAAGAACUUACAGGCAGGCAUGGAGUACUGGCCUUUGAUCAAGGUCGUGAAAAUCUACACCAAGUCGCCGGCUCUGUCUACAGGAGCCGUGAUUGUCGACCUUCCCGGUGUCCACGAUUCCAAUGCCGCUCGAAGUGCAGUGGCUCAGGGCUAUAUGAAGCAAUGCACUGGCCUCUGGAUUGUUGCACCCAUCAAUCGCGCAGUGGAUGAUAAAGCUGCUAAAACCCUGCUCGGAGACUCUUUCAAACGACAACUCAAGUACGACGGCGGUUUCUCGAGUGUGACUUUUAUCUGCUCCAAAACUGACGACAUAUCGGUGACGGAGGCCGAGGAGAGCUUAGGGCUAGAAGACCAGAUUUCAGGAUUGCGCGAUGAAGAGCGUAAGCACAACCUAGGAGUGGAGACUCUGGAAAGAAAGAUAAAGGAUCUUAAGGAAUCCAAGGCUGUCUACGGCGAGGCCUAUGAAAGCGCUGUCGACGCGAUGGAAGCGUGGGACAAGCUGAGGGACCAGCUGAUCAAGGGCGAAACUGUUUUUGCCCCGGUCGAGAAUAGGAGUAAGAGGAAGAGGAAGUCACCGUCUCUCGAAUCUCGGAAGCGUCCACGCAGCGGUUACGACUCCGACGACGGCUUCAUUGUUCCCGACGAUUGGUCCAAGACAAACUCCGAUACAGAUUCCGAUUCUGACUCGGAAAGCUCAGAGCCUCCACGUAGACCACUGACCUCGCAGGAAAUUGAAGACAAACUCGAGGAAUUGAGGGACACGAAGAACAAUGCACGCCGUCAGCGCAAUCAACUUCAACAGCAGAUAAAGGACACUGUCAAAGAACUCGAAGAAGUCGAAAAGAAGCUUGCUAAUGUCCAGGCGGAAAUCAAUGCCAUCUGCAUAGCCGGGCGGAAUCAAUACUCCAAAAGCGCAAUUCAACAGGACUUUGCCGCAGGUAUCAAGGAGAUCGACAUGGAGAAUGCCGCGGAAGAAGAUGAAGAGAACUUUGACCCUGAUGUCGACAUACGUGACUAUGAUGAAGUUGCAAAGUCGUUGCCUGUAUUCUGCGUCAGCAGCCGAGCAUAUCAGAAGCUGUGUGGUCGUUUUAAGAAAGAUGGCUCUGUUCCUGGUUUCAAGACGCUCGAGGAGACUGAGAUACCACAACUGCAGGCUCACUGCAAAAAGUUGACCGAAGCUGGAAGGAUACAGAGCUGUAGAGCAUUUCUGCUCAGCCUGAUCCAGCUCCUGAAUACUUUUUCGAUAUGGGCGACUGAUGAAGGAUCGGGCCUCAAGCUUAGUGAUGAGGAGAAGAAGGCGCAGGUAAAGUAUUUGAAUUGGCGUCUAACGGAACUUGAAAAGGGCCUGGAGAAAGCUGUCGAGGCUUGCAUCAAAAUGGUCAAAAAGGACAUUGAACAUCAGAUAUUCGACAAAUCUCCCGAAGUCAUUGAGGAGGCCAUCAAUGCAGCCCCCAAUACCGCAGCCGGUUGGGGCGCCCAUAGAAACGACGGAGGUCUGUUCUAUCCGACUUACAAGGCAACAGUACGACGCGACGGAGUCUAUUCAGGCGCCGCUGGACCUCGAGACUUCAAUGCUGAGCUCGUCGAACCUAUCACGAAGAAACUUGCGACUGGUUGGGAAAGGACGUUCCAGACCCGCCUACCGAAGGCGUUUGAGCUGUAUAUCAGGGACUCAAACACGAUAUUGCGCCGUUUCCAUGAUACAGUGGAGGAACGAGCGAGAGAAAAUGGAGUGGGUUUGGCAAACCUUGCUAUGUUGAAGACGCAAAUCUACACCUACGAACAGCUGUUCAACGAGCUUUACAACGUCCUAUUCACCUCGAUGACGGAGCUACAAAGGGAUGCCAACAGGGACUUUACUCCCGUGAUUGUUUCCGCAAUGCGCGCAGCAUACGAUAUCUGCACUGCCGAAUCAGGUACGGGAUGCUUUAGGCGCAUGAAAGCACACAUGGCCAAUCACAUCGAGCAAGCCCGGCACCACAUGUUCAGGGAAGCCGUAGAAUCCGUACGAAAUCACCUGAACCUUAUGUGCAAGAGCCUGCAAAAGGUUAUGGAGGACAAGGCUGAUAGCAUUUUCGUUGCCAUGCGUCACGACUACUUAAACGUGCUUGGUGGCGUGAAGAUCGAUCAGGCGCAGGUAAUGUCGAAAGAGGAGCGGGCGUUGAGGGGCGAAAUCAAGCAGAUCUUGAUGGGGUUGGAUGAGAGGUUUAGGGCUGUUCUUGAUGGCACUUUCGUCGACACGGAAGAAUCUGCCGGGGAGGCUCAAACAGGACCAAGUGAUGGUGCUGAUACUGACCCUAGUAGCGGUAUCCGGGAACAGAUGGACGUCGAUGAACAGCCGCCAAGUGCCGCCAACGGGCAACCAUUCUCAGCAGAGCAAGCGGCUCCGAGCACUCCGGUGCAGGAACAGAGUCCAAUGCAGCAACAGACUCCAAUACCAGAGCAAAUUCAGCAGCUUCAUGGCACCAGUGGCAUUAGUCAUGACGACAACCAGGAAGAGUCUCAGCUGGAACUAUAAGCAGGAUCGACCACGGCUCCGUGGAAGCUUACAACACGAACACUUGGGAAGGAUGACGCAGUUGCUGCUUUUUCAACUGGUAUCUGCGCUCAACAGGUUCUUAUUCAGCGACCAUUUUCCCUUUGAAUAUCUUCUUCUCUUGUUUCAUGUAUUAUACUACUUUGGGGUGGUUCUUUGCACACAGCAUUCAUUAUCAUUGCAUGUGUUAGCAGGACUGGGAGGAGAUAUUUCUGUAUUUUCGAAGGUCACACUUUGGAUAGCGGUUAGUGGUUUCCGAGUUCCUAGAGCCAGUUAGGACCACCAACAGUGGGAAAUGGAAUAACUCUGAAGGAAAGAAAGACUUCAUUUGGUUGACCUCGCGAUAUUAUGCUCGUGAGCCAUGACAAUCGCCUUGU